AUGUUCAAGUGGAUUCAAGGAGGUAUUUCUGCCGUUGCAGGAACUCAAGAACCAGAAUAUGGCCCAGAUGCCAUCCACCCCGUCACCAAACGUAUCCCAGAGGAGUCGAAAACCAAGGGAAAUUACCAUCGUGUUACUAAGCCAGAUGAUUUCAAUUGGCAAUCUCCCAAUUAUACCAAUGUUGAGACGCAAACUUUUUAUUUCACUGAUUUAGCAACCAAGAAUGUUGGAUUUGUGCAAAUUAUUCAUUCCAAUGUCAUGGGAGUUCAUACUACUGCUCAAUUUACUUUCCGAUUGUACAACAUUGAUGACCCUAGUAAGAAUAUUUGGACCAGUACCAAGUUGGAGAAUUUUAAAAUUGUUGAUGGAUUCAAUUUCGAAGCCGACAAUUUAAAGUUUGAAAUGAUAAAUGACAAGACUUAUAAAUUGCGCAGUUUUGUAUGUAAUGAAUCAAUUGUGGAAUUUGAAAUUGAAAGGUUGACUGAUGGUGUCAUUUUUGGCGAUGACGGAAUGACGUUUUAUGGUGAUGACAUAAAUCAACCAUGGGGGUCAAUGAGACAUUUAUUCUGGCCUAGAUGUAGCGUCAAUGGCCGUGUAUUGACCAAGAAAUUGGGUGAAGUCAAGAUUACCAAUGGAUACACCAUGUUUGUUAUGGCUUUACAAGGAAUGAAGCCUCAUCAUGCUGCAAAAUCAUGGAACUUUAUGAAUUUCCAGAGUGGCAACUAUGCCGCAAUUCAAAUGGAAUUCACUACUCCUAAAUCAUAUGCCAACACUAAGGUCAAUAUCGGGUUGGUUACCGAUAAUGAGAAAGUACUCUUUGCCACCAUAGAUAACCAAGUUGUCCAUUUGGAUUCGGAGAUUGAUUCCGUGGGGUGGCCAGUACCUAAAUCCAUUGAAUUUGACUAUAUCGACCCAUUGAGUGGUAAUUCUGUUGCCAAGGUGACAGGUCCUUUGAAGAGCCUUAUUGAACGUGUUGAUGUCAUGGCGGAAAUUCCUCAAUUUGUUAAGAAUAUCGUUAGUGGAGUCGCUGGAGCAAAGCCUUAUAUUUACCAAUAUAGUAAUGAGUUUGAGAUUGAAAUUUUGGACAAGAAUAAGGAUAGGGAUGAAGGGAAAGAAAAGGGAAUUGGGUUUACUGAAGUUACUUUUAUAUCGGAAUAA